AUGUGGAAAGAACGAUUGAAUAUCGGGAGUGGUGGCCAUAAAAUAAUAAUGGUAUUCACAGAUGGUGUUGAAGAUUGGCCUUCAUCGAUACUAGAAUUUCGUCGAUCGUCUCUUCAAGAUAAUCCCGUCCGAAUUUUUGGAUUCGCGAUGGGUUACGGUACAGGAAAAAUACCCAUCCUAGAGUAUCUGGCGUGCAAUACACAUGCGACUUGCGCUACUGUAGAUUCGAUAGCUGAUGUCAAGCGCCAAUCUAUAGCUUACAUUUCAAAAUUAUCAGAAAUAUUAUCUUUAGCGUAUUCCAAAAUUCCGCCUGAAACACGACCUACAACAAAAAAAUUGAGGAUAGAGCAUAAAUACCAUUUUUAUUUCGGGACCCCAUCUUACAUGGACACACAAGGAGGUGGACCAACAGUAACAAUGUCAAUGGCCAUUUUAAAUGCGAUGGAAAAUGGUAGUUCGUUGCUUGGUGUUGCUGGGAUCGAUGUGCCAUUUAAACAUUUUGCAGAAAUAUUGCCGGAAAAUGAACAAAUGUAUGCGUUCAUCGUGGAUAAUAAUGGAAUUGCUAUCUAUCACCCACAAUUAAAAAUUCCGAAAACAGAAAUUUAUUCAGUCCGCCGUACAGCUUGUUACGACAAACGCCUAAAGUCACGAGGAAAUGGCCGUAUUCAGUUUGGCGAAGCUGAUGAAAGGGUUCUGAAAUUAAUGGGAUUAACCGACUCGAUACCCACUAUUGAUAUUGCUGAAUUGGAAUUAAGUUCGUCGAAAUUUUUGGAAUUUCGUAAGGCGAUGAUUGACCAGAAUUGCAAUAAAUUACCAUUCAUUGACGUGAGUUUUUUAAAAUCUGAUAUUGCUACAAUUUCCUCUGCGCUUUCUGAAGCUAUGAUGGGCACUCGACAUUACUAUUGUAGAAGUAUCAGUGGGACGCCGUGGACGAUUGGUUUUGUUGUAUUCUCAGAUCGCGGUGAAACUAUUUUAACGAAAAACAUCCCCAGACCUACAGCUCCAACCAAAGCACUUGUUGGCCACUAUGUACCAAAAAGAGGUCUUUGUCGGGGUAAUCUUGAUCAUGAGAAUAAGCUGGAAAGAUUUAAUGCAUUUCUCGAAUCAGAAAAAUGUGAAAUGGAUAAGCGGUUGCCAUAUGCCUUGGCUAGCUCUUUAAAUAAGUGGACUGAAAGUUGGCCAGACUUGGAAGGGAAUGCAACAUGCGUCAAUAACCCACUGCCAAUAAAUUUUGAUCCAUUUUUUUACAUCAAUUCAUUUGUCAGCACGUUGACACAUAUAACGGCUUUUUAUCCAGAAUGUAGUUUCGAGUCAUUGCGCUCUGUAAUUGAUCUGCUUGAACUAGAUCGAUACCCAAAACCCACAAAUAAGUUGCAAAUAUUCGUAUUCAACGAAAAUCGUACUCACACUGUGACGGCAUACGAGCAAAUCUUCGAUUCAAAAUUCGGCCGACGUCUCGCACUUGGUGGGGUUCAAUGGACCGUAUCAUUUAUUGGUCAGAUAUUCACCAAUUUGACGAUACAUUCUAAUGAAUGGAAGCGAAAAAAAAGGUGCUAUUUGGUAACAAUGAAUGGUUUUGUGGUAGCGGGCAAACAAGCUGAGCAACAUCUGUCGCAGUCUGAUCCCUAUUUAUUCAAUUAUCUUAUUAAAAAAUCAGUGGUGCUGAAAUCUUAUCGUCGUGAUAAUCAAGCUCAAUGUUCUCCACUACGAACUUAUUUAUUAACAAAGAGCGAUGCUUCUACCACCAAUUUUCAUGAAAUCUCUACACUUUUGCAUAAAUUUAUGGAAAUUUUUUCGAGUGCAUUCUGGUUUGAGUUGUGGAUAGUACUAUCAACCUUAUUGCGCAAUAUUGUUUCGCAACCUGUAAUGAUUGGCAAAAUUUGUCAGUUUUCUCGAAUAAAACAUCGCGAAUUAUGUUCAUUAGAAUAUCCUGUAUAUGAAAUGGAAUUGAACCAUACGAAGAGAUUCAUCCUAAACGAUGGCAUAUGCUCGAGGCUUUUGUUUAUUCGUGAAUUCUGGAUUUGUGAUUAUAACUUAAAAUUUGAUGCACUGCUUCAGUUAAGAGACAUUCUUAUUAAACCACUUCAAGAUAUAUCAUUAUAUUUGUUCAUCGUCGACAAUCCUUGCAACAAUAAUUUUGAUUCGAGUGUACAACACUCACAUACUUUUUUACCACGAAGAGGUUCAUUUCGACUCAUUUUUUUUCUUUAUCCGAAUGCGAGAGGAUACGACCGCUUUACCGACGGAGAAGGCCCGACCUCGAUUAUACACGCAGACAUCCACAGGAAAGAAAUGCGCCAUGUUCGGGUUCAGUGA